GUUCGUUUAUCUGGCCUGGUUACCGCGGCAAGGGGAGUUUAAACCGGGUGAAAAGUGAUUGCAUUCGUUUUGGAACCGGGCUGCCUCCCGGGCCUGAGCCAGGUAACACGCUCUGGCCGACGGCGAAGUCGGCUGAAAACAAAAGUGACGUAUUCAAGCACGUGGAGUGAUGAGUAUAGUUUUGUAUUUUUACAUGCAAAAGUGAUUGCUUUUGAUAAAAACGAUUUAUCUGCCUUCCCAAUGAAAACUAGUAUGAAAAUUCUUACAUUUAUUUUAUGGAAAAGAGAUGUAUGUUUUUGGACGAUGCACCUAGCUGCCUUGUUGACAACAUGACCGAGCGGCGCAGAUUGCUGUUUGAUUUGAGAAGGGUGCUCCUCCCUCGUAGUUUUCGCCCGAUGAUGUAACGGGCCAUUGUCCGGUUCAACCCGGGUCAGUGUAAUAGAAUUUUCUCAAUGUGAAUAAACGUUUGUGCGGAUGACAAAAGGUCUAGAUUGCCCAUAUCCUCUGAUUUUGUUUCACUUUGAAGCCCACUCAUUGCAAUUUAUAGAGUAACUGAAAUGCAUUGUUUUAGGCCAGCCUACAAGUUAUUUAUGGUUCGAGGUAUUUCAAUAUAGGAAUUUGUUCAAAAAGAUAAUUGCGAAUAAUAAUUGAUAACACAAUUGAAAAAUUAAUUCCUUUAAUACAGUAACAAACCAUAGCCUACACACAUUGUGCCUCACUUAGAAAGACGAGUCGCCAUCUUGGAGAAACGGCAACAAAAUAAACAGUCGGUGGUUGUAUUUGAUUAACGUUUUAUUAAAAAGCAUGGAUUUCAACAAACAAACAAAGGCACGUAACAACAAGAUUCACUCCGAACACUCUCGUCUACACUCAACCUCGCGGAUGUGGUAUCGCGGAGGUCCGCGUAUCGACUGAUCGCAAACAUGACAAUUAGGACGCUGAGAGAUUAUGGUCAGCACUACCGACCACGGAUGGCAUGCCUAAAAAAUGUGGAGGUGUUUGUGGUUGAGAUGCAGGAUCCUAAGAGUGGGGUGAAGGGUGCCGAUCAGAAACUCAACGUAACCAUCAUCCCACACGUCAUCAACGGGCAGGACAUUUUAGCAUGGAUCGUCACCAAAAUGAAGGUUACCACAGAAGAGGCCCAGGCGUUUGGGACCAUGCUGGUGGCCUACGGGUACAUCUACCCCCUUCAGAACCACAGGAAGUUGGUCCUGGUCCCCGACAGCACCCUCUACCGCUUCCAGACCCCUUAUUUCUGGCCCGUGCAGAAGUGGCCCGCUGAGGACAUAGACUAUGCCAUCUACCUGGCCAGGAGAAACAUCCGGAAGAAGGGGAUGCUGGAGCCCUAUGAGCAGCAACACUACGACAAUCUCCACAAAUGGAUGAACCCCAAGUGGGAUUUCAUCGUGAUGCAGGCCACAGAACAGUACAAGGCUAAUAAAGAGAGGAAGAAGCCAGACAGAGUGGUGUUGGACUGUCAGGAGAGAGCCUACUGGAUAGUACACAGGCCACCACGUCGGACACACAGUGCCAUGGACUAUGGGCUGGACCGUCUCAUUGACCCCAAUGCAGAGGAGGUGUUAACCUUCGACAUGGUCAGGAGAACCAACAUUUUCUUUACACAAGCCCUAAUGAGGUCAGCUGUCAAAUCGUCUGUGUCCCUCACAGCCUUUGUCAAGUACGUGACAACCCACCACAAUCACGACCCGUUCCUGACAACCCCUGUCCCCAGCAACCCCUGGAUCACGGACAGUGAUGAGUUCUGGCAACUCAACUCAAGAAGUGUGGACAUCCCCACUAAGUUGAGUGUGGAGCGUUGGGUGUUGAGCUUCUGGGAGCUGAUCAGUGACCCACGAGGCAGAGUCGACUUCAAGCUCUUCCUCAAGAAGGAGCACAGUGCGGAGAACAUGGCGUUCUACGAGGCAGCUGAGGAGAUGAGGUGGGGAGCAGCAUCUGCCAUACCAGAGAAAUCCCAGUUCAUCUUCAACACCUUUCUGAAACCUGGAGCUCCUCGAUGGAUCAACAUUGAUGGUCGUACCAUGGGGCUGACGGUGAAGGGCCUGGUUGUUCCUCACCGCUACGUCCUCGACGCUGCCCAGACACACAUCUUCCUGCUCAUGAAGAAGGAUACCUUCUACCGUUAUCUCAAGUCUCCGGUCCACAAAGACAUGCAGAAGAGGGCUCUGGUCCCGUCGCCUCACGUCUUCACUGAUGCCCAGUUGGAGGCCAAUGUGAAGAAUCGUAACCCAGGCGUCAGCCCCAUCCUGCUGUGGCAGCAGGAGGAGGAGGAGAAGGCAGCAGCAGCUGUUGCUGCCAGGCCCAUUGACGUCAAAGCCAUGGUGGCCACCAACAAGCUGGACAGGAAGUAGAGAGAGCCCAGGGCAUCAUGGGAAAUAGAGUUUAAUAUACAUACUGUUGUUCAUCUAAUAUAUAUUUGGUUUCCAUGGAGAUGGUGUUACAUAGGACUACUUAAAGUCCUAAAUAAUGGACUUACUAGUUAUUGUUUUAAUGGAGAUAUUGGUAAUGUAUAGAAUAACUGAUGUCCUCGACCACUGAUGUCAAGCCAGUACGGAUUGGUUGAUUGAGGGAAAUAAACGAUUGGCUGUUGAGUAGCUGUGUUGCGUUAAGGCCAGUUACUGUACCAGUUAAGGCCAGUUACUGUACCAGUUAAGGCCAGUUACUGUACCAGUUAAGGCCAGUUACUGUACCAGUUAAGGCCAGUUACUGUACCAGUUAAGGCCAGUUACUGCACCAGUUACUGUACCAGUUACUGUACCAGUUACUGUACCAGUUAAGGCCA